UUCUUGUUUGAGUACAUAACAAAUAUUUCUCAAAUCGCCACCUUCUUUGUGACAUCACUUCUAAGGUUUUUCAUGGUGUAAACUUCCUCAUACAUUUUAAUCACAUUUUGUGUUCUCACAGACAGGGAGCAUCUAUAUCAGGCUCACACGGACAGCAUUCCAUUACUCACCAAGACCGAAAAAUGGCAGAUAAUAACUCUGCAUUUUUUAUACAUGCAGCCGAGGAACAAAUGUGUUCUGGAUAUCUUUACAAAUCUCCCCCGGAGAAUCAAUUCAAGUCCCAGAAUUCAUGGAAAAGGAGGUUUUUUGUUCUUCUAAAGUACAGAGACAACUCAUGUCAACUUAAGUACUACAAAAACGAAGAGAAGAACAAACCACUGGGAGACAUUGACUUGUCUAAGAUCACAUAUAUGUCUUUGUCCCCCGAGAUGCAUGAUAUGUGGAAAUGGAUUCAAAAGAACUUCAGAUGUUCUUUGUCAUGUGUGAUGUUUAUUAAAGUACUAGAAAGAGACUACUUCCUUAUAGGAGAAAACAGUUGGGAGAUGGACAAAUGGUUCACUGCUUUAUUUGACAUCUUGAAUAAUCGUCCACACAGACUGUUGGAUCCCAAGACAUUUGGGUCAAAGAGACACAUGGGUGAACCCCUGCAAUCAGAAAAUGACAAUAAGAAGAAAACUGAGUGGGGUCAAACAAAAUAUGUUACACAUGAGCUGCCAUCAUCUGUGACCCAUGAGCCCAUCUAUGUUUCUCCGAUAAAACUGAAGAGUAAGACUGAAAUAACAGAAAUAAAUCAUGAAGAUAACAACACAGAUGAACUGUCAAGCAACAACAUCAGAAUGUCCAACAAAAAGAAACCAACAGCAACUUCAACAUUUUUCAGUGAACCAGCAAUGGUGGAGGAACUGUAUACUGGAUACCUGCUGAAGUCCCCCGCUCAACCAGCCCUGACUAAAAACAUUAAAUCAUGGAAGCGCCGUUGCUUUGUGCUCUCCAAAACGCGUGAAGACUUCUACCAGCUGACAUAUGAUGCAAACAACGAAACAAAAGAGAUAGACCUUUCUAAGAUCAGCCUGCUGUUUAUUGGCCCUGAGGCACAUCAGAAGUGGGACUGGAUCCAGAAAAACUUCAAGUGCUCUCCAUCCUCUGUGUUGUUCUUGAAAGUGGAAGACGACACACUAAAACACUCUAGAGACUAUUUCCUAAUUGGAGAAAACAGUGAUGAUGUUGAUGGUUGGCUCAAUGCCAUAGUCAAGGUAAUGAAGACACAGAGAUCACGAAAUACCCUUCAGGACAACAGAUUUAGAUCAGCAUCUGAACCUGUGAAGAGUUUGGAACCAAAGGUUGAGGAUCAGCCUGAUGACAGACGGUCAGCACCUGAAUUAAUGUUAACUUACCCAUCACCGUACAGCCAUUAUGACUAUCCUCGCAAACUCAGCGAACCUCAAGUACCAGUAACUCUCAAGAAUCCAGUUAUUGAACAUAAAGAUGAGAAGGAUGAGAUGCAGGAUGAAUCUGCAGAGGACAGCAGUGAAUACAUGUGCAUGGCAUCAUUGCAAAAAGCUUUGGAUGUUGACCAAGAAAAGGCGGACACUAUAUGCAUGCAGAAAAACACUUCCAUUAAUGGUCACGAGUCCUCUGUGUGCAAUGGUGCAGUCAACCAGGAUGAGGACAAUGAAAAUAAAUGUGAAACAAACACACAUGUUGAGAAGGAGAUCUGCGUUAGUCAAAGUGAUCUGAAAAACAGUCUGAUCUUGACUCAGGAGGAGGGAAAACCAUGUGUCUCUGACUGUCAGAUGAUUCAGAACGUAAGUCUCUUCCAUAAGGGGGAUCAGAUCCUGGCCUUCAAUGACCUGCUUAUAGACACAGUAGAAGAGAUACAGAUGUACUUAAGAAGACUAAGCAAGGAUGAGGUAAAACUCACUAUCCGGCGGCUUAUAGGAUCCCAGCCUCUGCACUCUUAACCCUGCCAAACAUAAUGAGGAUAUAAAACAAAAUCACAUGUGAAUUCAGCACCAUCAAGAUAUUAGAAAUACAGGUGGAAAACAAGGUGUUAAUGAAGAACAGAAGAGACAGUCAGUUUAUCUAAAGUAACAUGUCCUCUUUUGACUGUACAUGUAAACAUGUAAAACAUGUAUUAUUAAUCAUGUAAACAUGUAAAAUAAUGUGAAUGUUAGAUUCUCUGACCUUAAAAUGUCACUGAGUGAAAGAAAUUAGUAAGAUUUAGACUGUAUACAUGAAACUGUGAGUGGUAGUGGGUAAAUUAGUUCACAUCUGUCAAUGUGAAGAAAAGAGUCAAGUAUUACUUUAUAAUAAGUAUGAAGGUUAAUUCCCAUUGAAAAAUGCACAGUUCAAAACUGUUCAUGUAUUUUAUUUUAACCUCUUUAAAGAUGCACUUUUUUAACAAUCAAAGGUACUUUAUAUACUGUGUAUAUACAACAUUCCUGUGAUUGUCUAUUUUGUUUUGCAAAAAUGUAACCAAUUAUGUAUUGCUCCUAGUCACUAUGAUUUGAUUAAAAUGUUUCAGUCACUCUUUAGAUUGCUGAUUACUGAAUAUCAUCUAGCCUAUGUAAUUUAUACAUGAAUUAUUCUGUAGAAAAACACAUAUUUGCACACUGUUACAAUGUGAAGUAUUAUUAAACUUUUG